CGCCAGGGCUGUGAGCUCACAAGGCACAUUCCAGGGGGAAAUGCCCAAUGCUGGCCUUCUCCCGCUCCCUGCCCCUGCUGCCACCCCCCGUGUGCCAGGCCAGGAUGGCAGCGCGGCACGACCCCAAAGCCGGGGCCAAGCUCAUCUCCUUUGGGACGACUCAAGAACGGAAAAUGUUCCCCUACGGCUACGCCCCAGACAGGCUGGGCAUCGAGGUGCUGGGGGUGAGGGGCAGCCCUUCCCUGGGGCCAGGCUCCUACCUGGGGCCAGAGAGUCGCGCCCUGCAGCCCGGGAGCAGCCGGCCCGUGAGCACCUUGGGCUACGCGAUGGGAGCCAGGACGGCCCCGCGCUUCCAGCGGACGGCCCAGCCCGAGACCCCCGGCCCCGCCGCCUACGGGCCCUUCCCGGAGCCGCGGCGCCCCCGGCCCGGCCCGGCCCCGUUCGGCUCCAGCAGCCCCCGGUUCCCGCGGCGCAUCCCGGACCAGGAGCGCUUCCCCGGGCCUGGCACCUACGAUCCACAGGAGCCCGUGCCCAGGGGGGUCUCGUGGCCCGGCCGCUUCGGGGCCCCCGAGCCAGGGGCGCUGCCGCGGCCGCCGCCGAGGAUGCUGAGGAUGCAGGUGCAGAAGAUGACUGUGGAUAAAAAAUUCCAGAAAAACCAGGGCAGGGAGGCGUACCUGAAGCUGUACCACGGCUGAGGAGAAAUAGCUUUAUUUGGAGCCCCUCAGCUGCAGCACCAGGCUGAAUAAA